AUGUCAACUCGCAUGGAAUAUAUCAUUUCACCAUGGGAAAUCGAAUCAUAUAUACAAAAUUUACAAAUGUCCGAACUUCAAGAUAUCGGAACAGAGGGAUGGUUAGAAUUUCAUAAAAGAUUAAUAUUAUUGAAUCAACAAAAUGUUUUGGAAAUUAACGCUUUGCGAGAAGAAAAUGUAAAGGAAUGGUUUGUCUCUUUCAAAAAGAUUCCAAUUCUUAUAUAUGAAGCUAUACAAAUUGAUGUAUGGAAGCACAAAGUAUUUCCAAUUUUAGUAGAAAUGAAUGCCGAGCCAUCAAAUACAUUUAUGCAUUUCACUAUAUUCUAUCACGAAAAUAUUGUGGUCUCUUUGUUAGAAAGCGUUUUGUUUCACAGCGAAAGUGCGGAAACUAUGGAUGAUUCUAGUUUGGAUCUUGUUGAUUAUGCUGUUAAAUAUGUCUCUUCGCUUCUUGAUAUACAAGAUAUUGAAAUUUAUGAAAAUCUAAAAGAUCCAAAUUCAUGUUUAGAAGAGAUAUUAGAAAAAAAGAAAGAACUUGAAUUUGAUAUCAGUAUGCGUUGCAUUUCUAUCCUUCGUUAUUUGGCCGAAUAUGCGGAUAAUUUACCAAUUUGUGUAUUAUCGCGAUUACUUGCUACGCAUGAUGUACCCUAUUUGCUUGCCCAAUUGAUUGAAAAUCAACCUUGGAAGAAGGAAAAUGCAGAAGGAGAAAGUAUGAUAUACAACAGUGGUUGGAAGAAAGUCAAGUCGAGCGAAGAAGGAAAGAUUUCUAAAAUAGAAGGACAAGUAUGGUUUGGUUUACGGGAAUUACUACUUAAUCCAAAAAGUGCACCAUACUAUGAAAUCACUGAACAUAGAUUAACUCAAUUGAUAAAGUUGCAGAAAUAUUUACACGAAACUGUACUGGAUCAAAUCUCUCCACUGAUAGAUUUAAAAAGAUGGUUAAGUUAUUUAACCAUGUCACAGUGUCAAUCUAGAGGACCUCUAACAAUAAAUGUAGAGCUAAUACCACAGAUAAAAUCAUCGAUAAUGGAAAAGUAUCAGAAGAAGUGGAAAAAGUUAGCUAAGUACCAGUCGAAACUUCUGUACACAAAAGAUGCAGAAUUUAUUAAAAAUGCAGCAAAAAUUUUAAGUGAUGCAUACGAUUUAAAUAAAUUAGAUUGGAUUGAUCCUAAAGAAUGUUUCUUAUGUCAUGAGGAUGCAAAAAAACGUUGUUCUAAAUGUAAAGAAGCUUGGUACUGUGGAAGAAAAUGCCAAGUGAAAGAUUGGGAAAGUCAUAAGAACAUAUGUGACAAAAUAACAAAAACUGUAAAGAAUGAGCAACAAGAUUAAUAUGAGUUACCUUCUUGAUAACAAAAUAUUUAUUUAUAACUAAAUAUGAAUGAAGUUUUAGUUAGUUUAAGUAAUGUAUAAAUUAUAAAAAUAUUUAAGGAUUAAAUAA